AUGGAGAAUUUCAAUAAACUACCGCCUUCACUUCAACAGGCUAUGCUGGAGAAAAGACCAGCACUGACUCCUCCCGAUGGUAUUGUAUCGAAUUUCGUCGACCCCCCUAAUCAUACCGUUGCUGGGAUGGUCUGCAUAUCAAUCAUUACUGCUAUCUCAACCCUUUGCUUCACAACACGUCUAUACACUCGAGUCUUUCUCCUCCGGAAGGUUAGGGCUGAGGAUGUCAUGGGCUUUAUUGCCAUCGGUUUCUAUGCCGGUGUAGUAUGGGCUGGCGUUUCAAUCGGGAGCGUUGUCGGUCUUUGGGUCCACCAGUGGAAUGUCUCGGCCUGGGACAUGUCCAAAGUCUCCUAUCGGCUAUACAUCAACCCGAUAAUGUAUUGCUUCACAAUGCUAUUCGCCAAAUCGGCAGUCCUCUUGGAAUGGACUCAUAUAUUUGUUCCAAACGGUGUUCGGAACAAAUUCUUCUGGACCUGCCACGUACUGAUUGUUGUCAAUAUCCUUUUCUAUCUGGCUUUCAUUAUUGUGGUGCAUUUUUACUGUAACCCACGAGAGAAGAUUUGGAACAGGUGGAUCGACGGAACGUGUCUCGACCGCAAAAGAGUUGAUGCACCAUCUGCGGUAUUCAAUCUGGUCAUGGAUGUCAUAAUCCUGCUACUCCCACAGCGAGUCAUUUGGAAACUAAAUAUGACGGGGCAACGCCGUCUCGGAGUAUCCAUCAUCUUCUCCAUUGGACUGCUGUACGUCUCCGCCACUGCUCCCUUCUGUCUUGCUCGCAUUAACCUCCCUCACAGUGCUUGUGCUUGCGCCGCGGGCCGCAUUCAAUCUACGUUUACGUUGAAUUACCAAGGAGAUGUAACUCACGCAGUCACUGGGGCAUACCUUUGGGGACUAUCUGAGUGUUCAUGCGUCAUCAUGGUGCUCUCCGUGCCAGCGAUUCCCAAGCUAUUUACCCAAAGCCCCUUCUUCACCAGUAUGUUCUCAUCGAUUAAGUCAUGGGUUACUUCCAUGCGCAAAUCAUCAAGGGGAACUGUAACUGCUGGUAGUGGGAGCUGGGCAAGUAAAGGAGCCGUGAAGGUCUCAGACAUGCCAAUCAGCCCGUAUGAUAGAAUGGAGGAUGGUGACUCUGGGCAUGAGCUGGCGCCUACAACAGCCCGGCCUGUUGGGAACGGGGCGGAUGAAGCGAGCGAAAGACACGGCCACAAUUCUGGAAUUGUUCGCACAGUGGAAUGGGAUACCAACGAGCAGUAUCCCGCUGCUCCAGAACAGGUGUAUUCACACUUGGCAACAAGCCAGCAUCCGUGGACCACAAAGCAAGGGACUCAUUAA